AUGAAUCUCUUCUCUUCCAUAUUCAGCUAUUUGCUACUGCACUUGUUUGCUUUCUGCUUGCAGGCACAGGUAACUGUUCAGUCCCCACCUAAUUUUACACAGCAUGUGAGGGAGCAGAGCCUGGUGACCGACCAACUAAGCCGGAGACUCGUCCGGACCUAUCAGCUGUACAGUCGGACCAGUGGGAAGCACGUUCAAAUCCUGGACAACAAGAAAAUCAAUGCCAUGGCGGAGGAUGGAGAUGCUCAUGCUAAACUCAUUGUGGAGACUGAUACUUUUGGGAGCAGAGUAAGAAUCAAGGGAGCGGAGACAGGCUUCUAUAUUUGCAUGAACAAGAAAGGAAAACUGAUUGGCAAGAGCAAUGGCAAAGGCAAGGAUUGUGUUUUCACUGAGAUUGUGCUGGAGAACAACUACACAGCAUUACAAAAUGCGAAGUAUGAAGGAUGGUAUAUGGCCUUCACCCGGAAGGGACGUCCCCGCAAAGGCUCCAAGACCCGUCAGCAUCAGCGUGAGGUGCACUUCAUGAAGAGGCUGCCCAAAGGCCACCAAACAACAGAGCCUCACAGACGCUUCGAAUUUCUUAAUUAUCCAUUCAACCGGAGGAGUAAAAGGACUCGAAACUCCAGCCCAAAGCCAUUGCCCUGA